AUGUCUUCCUUCAAGAGGAGGGCGUCCUCUACACAACCGCCCCCUCUUUCCGGCACUCGCAUCUCUCCCGGUUCCACUUCUACCAUCACCACGUCCACUGGUAUCCCCUCCCUCGACGACAUCCUCGGCGGCGGCCUGCCUCUGUCAUGUUCUCUUCUCGUGCUCGCACCGGACACUCACUCGGCGUAUGGGGAGCUAGUACAGAAGUACUUCAUAUCACAAGGCCUCGUGUCUGGUCACAAGUUAUGCGUUGUAGACGACGAUGCUAGGGAUAUACUGGCGGAAUGCAUGUGGGUGCCCGGAGGAGCUCCGUCCGCCUCCACCAACGCUGCUGAAGAUGAGGAGGACGAAAAGGCCGCUCAGCACGACACAAAGAUCAAAAUCGCAUGGCGCUAUGAGCAGAUGAAGCAGUUCCAGACGACCGUGCCAACUUCAAACCAGUCCUCUGAAGACUACUGCCGUGUGUUCGAUUUGACGUGCCGAAUACCGGACACGAUCGUGCAGUCCGCAAUCAAGGCCGGACAACUAGAUGAGAUUCCCGCUCGUCAGCAUGGGGCGACGUCCUGCCCCAGGUCAGUCCUGAGCCCUGUCGAUCGUGAACACAGUGCAUAUCACGGUUACAACAGGAAAUUUGCCACUUCCUCUUCUCGCUUCGUGGGCUAUUGCGCCGCUACCCCAGCGCCUGUGCAUCCAUCUCACUCCCCCCUCGCAUGUGCACUGAUGCAUGGGGUGGGCCGGGCUGGGUCCAAAAGCUGGGCUGGCUCACCGACGCCUGCAUCACUCUCGCAGCAUUCACCGCGACCGCUUCUCGACGCUGCGCGGGCUCUCGGCCUCGGGCGAGAACAACCUCGCGUUCAAACGCUGCAUCUCGAUCUCGAGGGCGGCGUCGGCGAGCGGCGGACGACGCCCUCCGCGAACGCCAUAGCUCUCGACGAUGUCGCCCCUGUGCGCAGCCAUGUAUAUGGGCAUGCGGAUGGAGAUCAGACUGCUGCACCAACUGCCAGAGCUGCUGUGCACGUCGAAAUCGAGCAGGCCUCAGCCACUACCGCCGCGCUGAGCAUAACAGAUGUGCCGUCUGAGAGAACGGCGACGGGCGGUAAGAAGACGAAGGUGAAGAAAAAGGUCGCGUUUAUGUCGGACCGGCCAGAUUUGUACGAUUUUUAA